AACCAAAUACCUUUCGCAUGGAAACAUAAAGCUAUCAAUUGUGUGUGUAGUGACGAGUAAUUGUUCUACAAAAAGCUAACACUUAUGCAGUUCAGUGGUGUCUAUAAGUACCUAUAUAAACUCGAGGUUUUGAGAAGUGCAGCAAACUGAAAAAAAAUGAAUGAAUCACUGAAGUAUAUUGUGGAGCAGCUAAACAAGCCUCCGUUCAGCCGUAGCUACAAUUUAAUCAGCUUUGAUUCGCUGCAACCGCUCCAGUUACUACAAGUUCUUAAUGAUGUUCUUGCAGACAUAAAUCCUCAGAAUAAGAUUGAUAUACGGGAAGAAGGAGCUGAUCAAACAGCUGUAAGGAUAAUGACUGAAUUGAAGUACCUGCGGUACAAACCAAAACAAGAACUACAAGUCUUUCGCCAAGGACUGGUGAUGGCCAACAAGCCGGUCAUUUACGACAUACUGGUUUGGCUGUUCCAGAAGAUGGUGGAAGUGAAGAAACGAGCUUACUUAGCACGUUAUCUCGUCAAGAUUGAAUGUCCGCCAGAUGUUAGUCAAGACGAUAUGGUUUCUGAGGCCAUGGCACAGUAUGAAGAUAUGAUGGAACAGUUCAAGGAACUUCAUAAAGAAGCAGAGGAACUAAAGAAGUCAAACUUCUCAACGUCUGAUAUCAAGAAGGAUAUCGUACAAAUAGACGAGGAGAAGGAACAACUAACAAAGAGACUUGAAAAGCUAAAGAAAAAGAUUGAAGCCAUACCACAUUAUGAGAAGAAUCUUGAGAUUGCAAGAAAUUUUCGACUGGAACAGGAACGACAAGGACAACAAGCACAGCAGAAAUUGGAUCAGAGAAAUCAACUUCAACAAGCAGAGCAGAGAUACAAACGUAUACAGCAGCAACUGAGGGAUCUUAAACAGUCAACUGUAGGCUCCACACCUGAAGGUCUCAUCCAGAAACUUGAUGAAGAGAACAAAGUGAAUGCUUACCUGUGUCAAGAUAAGCUGCCAAAGGAGAUAGAGAACAAGCGCAAGGCAUGUAAGGACCUGGAGAGAGUGGUCCACGAGCCUGCCAUGGGCCAGGCUGACCUGGAUGUUCUUCUUGGCAAGAUUAAAAAUUUGAACAUGGAAAUAAACGGUCUAAUAGAAAAGCGCAUGAUGAGGAAUGAUCCGCUGGAUGACAAAGUGUCGCUGUUUCGCCAGCAAGCAUCAAUCAUUGCACGCAAGAAAGAGGCCGCUGCAGAAUCCUUGAAGGAGGCAAAGGACGAGGUGAUGUCUCUCCAGCAGGAGAUCCAAGAGAAGAGAGAGACUGUGAAGGGCUUACAAGGUGAAGAGGUCUUGAAAGGUGAUGAGUUCAAAAGAUAUGUGACUAAAUUACGAAGCAUGAGCAGUAUGUAUAAGAAGAAACGACAAGUCCUAGCAGAACUUCGUGCAGAACUUGGCAUCUUGACAAGAACUGAAGAGAUACUUAAACAAAAAGAUGAUGCCAUUCAGAAAAAUCUGUCUGUGCUUGAAGCGAAGAAGGGAAUUUCUGGUUACCAUGACACUCAGGAAGAGUUGGAGAAAGUGUCUACGAUGAAGAGUGAGCUAGAUGAUAUGAAAGGCCGAACCUUGGAAGAUAUAUCAGACAUGGUUCAACGUCUAAACGCAAAGAUAGCCUCAAAGAAGUCUGACUUGGCACCGAUCAUCAAAGAGUUGCGGCCGAUGAGACAGAAACAUCAGGAGAUGCAGGUGAUGCACGCAGAGAAGAAGAGUGCCUAUGACACUCUGGCUGCUGGGUUUGAGAGUAAUUCUUCGAAGUUAGAACAGGAGGUAAAAGCAUACAGGGAGGAAUGCUCCCAGGAGGAAAGCCGGUACCAUUAUUUGAACUGCAUGCGCAACAUUUUGCUGGUGCAACAAAAAAGAGUUGAGGAUGAGGUGAAAUCAUAUGUAAAUCCACAAGACAAGAAGAAAUCCUUCAGAGAGCUCUACUCUAAAAAGAUACAGGAGCAAGAAAAUCUUGGCAAGAGUCUGCGCGAGAAGCAGAAAGCAGUGAAGGAGAACCACGGUCCUAGUAUGAAACAGAUACGGAUGUGGAAGGACUUCCAACUGCUGAUGGAAUGCAAGAAGCAGUGCUACCUGAAUAAAGGAAAGCAGAAGGAAGACUCAGCUACUGUCAUCAGAGAUGAAUAUGGUCAGGAAGAUAGGCUUGUACUGUGAGCAGCACAUACAGUUGAGAUAUAUUAAGUGUGCACCGCUUGCGCAACCUGCAUCACCCCUACAAGAGGAUAACAUUUACAAGUGACAA